AUGAAGGAAAUGGAUACUGAGAACGUGGACUUUGAAGGCCCGAAUGACCCAGCCAAAGCACAGAACUGGAAUGCUGGCAAGAAAUGGACGACGAUAGUUGUGCUUGCGCUUAUGACAUUUCUUUCGACCUUAGCCUCUACCAUGUUUGCACCUAGUGUUCCAUUGGUAAUGAAGGAGUUUAAAUCUCAAAGCUCAACUCUUGGCACUUUCGUUGUGUCAGUCUAUGUUCUAGGCAAUGCAAUAGGUCCACUGAUUCUCGCGCCACUCUCUGAAGUAUAUGGACGUGCUCCAGUUUAUCAUACCACAAAUUUUCUAUUCAUCAUUUGUACGGCGGCGUGCGCUCUGAGUGUAAAUAUGUCUAUGCUGAUUGUCUUUCGCUUUCUCGCUGGCGCAAUGGGAUCCGCCGUCUUGACUAUCGGAGGAGGCACCAUUACCGACCUUUUCGUUGCAGAAGAACGAGGGACGGCUAUGGCGGUUUGGUCGUUGGGCCCUCUACUUGGUCCCGUAAUUGGUCCUGUGGCAGGUCGGCGGGUUUAUAUCAGGUGCAAUAGGUUGGCGAUGGAUCUUUUGGAUACUCACGAUUGCGAAAAAACGAACCAGUCUGCAGCUGUAGCAAUAGCUUAUUACUUCUUUGUCCCCGAGAGCUAUUCGCCAACCAUUCUGAAAAAGAAAGCAUCGCAUUUACGAAAGAAUGCGAACUCCAAUGCUCGCUUCAAAAUUGAGUUUACUCAUUCCUCACGCUUGGUUCUUUACCGAGCUAUCAUUCGACCAUUUCAGAUGCUGAUGUUCUCGCCGAUCGUGUUGUUGUUAUCCAUCUUCGUAGCUUUCGUCUUCGGCCAGUUGUAUUUGCUAUACACAACAAUCACAUUCGUCUUCGAGGCUCGUUUUCAUUUUGGUACCAGUAUUGCAGGUCUAUCUUUCUUAGGGCUGGCGGUCGGGAUGCUUCUUGGUGCUGGAAUCUUCGGUGCUCUAUCCGAUCAGACCCUGAAAUCGAGGGCCAAAAAAAGCGAAAAUUGUGAAAUGAAACCUGAAUACCGCCUCCCAAUCAUGGUCUACGGCGCUAUUCUCAUUCCCAUUGGCCUCAUAAUAUAUGGUUGGACAGCCGAGAAAACAGAUGCAUGGAUCGCGCCUAUCAUUGGGACAGCUAUUGUUGGAACUGGCAUGAUGGCAACAUUCAUACCUACACAAGCUUAUCUAGUAGAUGCCUUUCCUUUAUACUCGGCUUCCGCCGUGGCUGCAAACACAGUUCUCCGUUCAAUAUCAGGUGCUUUUUUACCGCUUGCCGGUCCGCCAAUGUAUGCUGCUUUGGGGCUUGGUUGGGGUAAUUCUUUGCUCGCUUUGAUUGCUAUUUUGCUGAUACCGUUUCCUGCCUUUCUGAUUGUGUAUGGAGAACGUAUUCGAAAGUCAUCCCGAAGCAUGAAUUUUGCUUCUCGAAUUCAGUAG